AUGAAGACAUCCUCCCUGGUCUCUCUCCUCAGCGCCGUCGUGCCCGCUCUUGCGGCGCCGAACGGCCUCACCCUCCGGGCUGAUCCACCAGCCUUCGUCGAGGGCAAGUACAUCGUCCAGCUCAAGCCCGGUACGAGCCCGGACGCCGUCACCUCACACCACACCACGGUGCGCAGCCUCCUGCGCCGCCGCGACGGGUCAGCCGGCGCCCUGGAGAAGACGUUCCAGAUCGGGGACUUCAACGCCUACAGCGGCAGCUUCGACGACGCCACCCUCGCCGCCAUCUCUGAUCUCGACGAGGUCCUCGCCGUCGAGCGCGACCAGGUCAUCCGCGUCGACCAGACCGAGGGCACGUCACACAUCCUCCCGGAGCGCGCGCUGACGACGCAGGCGGACAGAAUUUGGAGCCUGGGGGACCUGUCGCACCUCGAGGCCGGCGCGACCGAGUAUGUCUACGACGAGACGGCCGGCGAGGGCACGACGGCGUACGUGCUUGACACCGGCAUCCGGCUGUCGCACGAGGAGUUCGAGGGCAGGGCCAGCUUUGGCAUCAACGGCGUCACUGGAUCGACGACGCCCAACGGCACGAACUCGGACACGGCCGGCCACGGCACGCAUGUUGCGGCCACUAUUGUCGGCAAGACCUACGGCGUGGCGAAGAAGGCCAAGGUCAUUGAUGUCAAGGUGUUUGAGGGCGAUACGGGCUCCACCUCGGCCAUCCUCACGGGAAUCACCUGGGCCGUGAACGACAUCAAGUCGAAGGGCGCUCAGAAGAAAUCCGUCCUGAACAUGUCACUCAGCGGCAGGGACGUCCCGGCCCUGGACAACGCAGUCCUGGCGGCAUACAACGAGGGCAUCCUCAGCAUCGUAGCAGCCGGCAACGACAACCAGCCCGCCACCGACGCCUCGCCCGCCAGGCUGCCCGAGUCCUUCACCGUGGGCAUGACGCAGCCCGACCGCGCCCGCGUCAACGUCAUCGAGGGCAUCUACGGCAGCGCCUACGGGCCGGAGCUCGACGUCUUCGCCCCCGGCCGCGACAUCGUCAGCGCGAGCCACCUGUCCGACACGGGCUCCCGGUCCGCGACCGGCACCAGCAUGGCGACGCCGCUCGUCGCCGGGCUCGUGUGUUACCUCCGGGGCCUCGAGGGCGGCUUUGGGACGCCCAAGGAGGUCACGGACCGGAUCCUUGAGCUGGCCAUCCCGGACGUUGUGGCGGACCCCGAGGGCUCGCCAAACUUAUUGGUGAACAAUGGAAGCGGUCGCUAA